AUGUACAGAAAUUUAGCUUUGGGUCUGUGCUUGUGUUUAGCACUUUUAGUGACUGAAGGAAAAAGAAUAAAGAGGAGAGGAGAGAGACAGAGGAGCUCGAGACGUUUUUUAUCUGCUUUUGCGCAUCCACCUGAGUAUGACAACCCUUUCCUUCCAGGGCUCAGCAGCCAGUGCUUGGUGAAUGGGAUCUCUCUGUUUGAGGGGGCUGUCUGGUCUCCAGAGCCCUGCAGUGUGUGCCAGUGUAAAGAUGGAGCAGUGAACUGCAGAACCAUCCCCUGUCCAGCUAGAGCUUCAUCUACCCUGAAGGCUGUGGCCAGUAAACCCAACCCAACGUCUUUGGAGAAAAAGAGCCAUCACAGACAGACAGGAAAUGGCAAACCACCUGUGGGAAAAGAGGUUCUAGAGGUGAACCCCAAGAGGAACAAAAUGGCGGUCACCCCAGCGAAAGAACUAUCCCCAAAUGUCCCUAAGAAGCAGGUGACCCCUCCGAAGAAAAACCAGGAGGUGGUCCUGAGGUCUGACACUGGAAAACUCACUAAGACCGCUGUAAUUGUCACCGGACCUAAGUUUAUGAGACAAGACCAUUUUGAUAAUGAUGACCAUGAUGAUGAUGACCAUCUAGAGGAUGACAGUGACGAUGAUGAUGACGAUGAUAACAGCAACAUUUCAGUGUUCAGAUCUGCUAUUCGCCCUGUAGCAAUCGAAAGACGCAUCAUGCCGCCUACACAGAAACCAGUCGUACCAAGAGCGGAACAGCCCUUUGCUCUUCCCACUAGAAGAUCCGUGAUCCUACCCAUUGGAAGGCCACUGCCUGCCCCCAAUGGGCGACCAGUAGAUCGAGGUAUUGGCCGUCCAGUCAUCCGUACACCUGUUCAUAUGGAGUCUCUCCCAGCAGGCUGCCUGCUUUCAGAGUCUCUGAUUGCUUGUGGAAAUACGGGCAUUACCCAAAUGCCCAUCAUCAGAGAUCCCGGGGUCAGGAGUCUGUUUCUAGCAGAUAACAAAAUCAGCAAGAUCCCGGCAAAUGCUCUAGCAGGUCUUCCCAACCUGGAAUGGCUUGACCUCAGCAAGAACAAACUGGAUGACUUCUCUCUGGGACAGGAGGUGUUUGGGAACUUGACGAAACUCAGGAGGUUGAUCCUUGAUGGAAACAACUUCACUAAAGUGCCGGCUCUCCCUCCCUCCCUGAUGGAGCUCAAGAUCAAUGAUAAUAAGCUCAGUGGUCUCACUCCUCACAGCUUUAAGGGUCUGUCACAGCUGCUGACACUGGAGUUAGAAGAUAAUAAUUUCCAUGAUGGAAAUGUCUCUCCUCUGGCCUUCAGACCUCUAAGGAGGCUGAUUUACCUAAGACUUGAUGACAAUAAAUUCAGGGCUAUUCCCUCAGGUCUGCCUGUUUCAGUACAGGAGCUGCACCUAUCAGACAACAAGAUAGAGGUCGUGCAUUCAGGGCUCCUCAACAAGACCACAAACCUGAGAGUCCUAAACCUUAGCCAUAACCGAAUCAGAGAGGAUCGCAUUGAUCCAAGAGCAUGGAUACACUUGCUAAACCUGGAGUAUUUGGACCUUUCCCACAAUAAGCUGGUUCACGUACCCUCGUUCUUGCCAGUUGGCCUGCGGCAGCUCAUCUUGCAUCACAACCAGAUUGAGCGCAUCCCUGGCUACGUGUUUGGCCACUUGCGUCCUGGUCUAGACUCACUUCACCUGUCUUACAACCGGCUGCGUGAAGACGGGAUAAAUGAGGUGUCCUUCCUUGGCCUGUACAACUCAUUGACUGAGCUUCUGUUGGACCAUAACCAGCUCAGAUCCAUUCCAAGAGGCAUUUUACAGUUAAAAGCUCUCCAGCAUCUGAGACUGAACCACAAUUUCAUCAGCUAUGUCACUAUGAACUCACUGUGUGACACUACGGCCCGUGAUGACUCCCUGUUGGUGUCUAUUCACCUGGAGCACAACCUGAUCGACCGCCGCCUCAUUCCACCCACAGCCUUCUCCUGCAUCAAGACCUACCACAGUGUUAUUCUGCGGCCCCAGAAAUACGAAGAGCACCAGGAGUGAGACCCUCACUGAGCUCUUUGUGACCCAUGUUUACAGCAAUCUCACAGGAAGAGUACUGAGCUUGGAUUAUGUUUUGCCUUAUUCUAAUAGUCAUAAUGCAAGUCUUAAUGUGAAAUUAUGUGAAUAUACACUACCGGUCAAAUGUUUUGAAACACUUACUCAUACUUUAUUAUAAUUUUUUUUUUUUUUUUUUUUUCACAUUUAGAAUAAUAGUAAAGUCAUCAGAACUAUAGAAUAACAUAAAUGGAACUAUGGGAAUUAUGUUGUGACUAAACAAAAUCCAAAAUAAAUCAAAACUGUGUUAUAUUUUAGCAUCUUCAAAGUAAUCACCCUUUGCCUAGAAUUUGCAGACAUGUAAUCUUGACAUUUUCUCAACCAACUUCUUGAGGUAUCGCCCUGGGAUGCUUUUUAAACAGUAUUGAAGGAGUUCCCAUCUAUGUUGGGCACUUAUUGGCUGCUUUUCUUUAUUUCUAUUCUUUCUUUAUUAUAUUGGUUUAUUAUUAUUUAUCAAGUCAUCAAUUUCCAAAAAAAAAAAAAAUUUUAAUUAAAUGUUAGUUUUAUAAUGAAAUAAAUUAAUAUGGUGGCACAAUUAUAUUUUUGUCUACAAAACUAAUUUCAAACAUUUAAACAUACGCCUUCAGAUCAAAAGAUAUUUAAGAUCAUGAGAAACAUUUCAGUCAAGUGUUUCAAAACUUUUGACCGGUAGUGUACAUAUGCAGGACCUAAUUAUUAUUAGAGGCCUUUAUUUUGUUCUCUUUUGUAAAUCAUUUCACGGAUGUCAUCUGACUCUUCUAUGACUCAGCUUUCAACGCAAGCACACCGUUGUGAUUUAUGCCUUAUGUGUGCUGAAAGUCUUUUUUUUUUGUUUUUUUUUUACGUGCGUAACAUUUCUCUACUACCUGACUGAUAUCAUUGUGUCCAGAUAAAUCACACCUGUUUCUGAUAACCUUAUUAGACUCUGAACAGCAAACAAGAGUUGACCUUUUUAGUCAAUCAGAAAACGUAGCCAAUCAAAAAAAGCUCUCUGCCUUUUACAUGUUUGGUUUCUAACAUCAGGUUGGCUGAUAUUUGGAGGGCUCUGUUUUGAUAGAGGGCAUGUGGUUGAAAGGAUGGAGGCAGUGUAAUUCACAAAGUCUAGCAGAAGUUGGCAAAAUGCUUGAAAUCGCUUGCAGCAACUUUUUCAGAUUUGUACAAAUUGUAGGUGUCUGUUUUUGCCCAGUUUAAAAUAAUGCUAUAUGUACAUCUUUUUCUGUUGCAGUUGCCAUGAUAUUUUUAUGUAUGUCUGUUGUUUUGAAUGUCAUGUCUUUUAUGAUCUCUAUGUAUUACUUUUUGGUUUGUUUUAUUCCAUAUAAUUAAUCUGCCAUUUUUUACUCUUUUAUAAAUCAAAUUUAGUUUUUUUAUUUUAAUGUUUUUUUUUUUUAUUAUAUGCAAUGGUUGUUUUUAUAUAUCAUUAUUUUACAUUAUUUAUUUCUUGAUUUAACUGCAAUGCAUCACGUUCCGGUAUUAUUGUUUUUGAAACGACACAGCUUAUUACAACACCUCUUACAUUCAGGAUAUGGUGUGGUGUUUCAGGAUUCUGGUAGUGUAAUUUGUUUUCAGCACUAUUGAGGAGCAGUUUUUGAUUUUUCUUCAUGUGUGUUGUCUGUAGUGUAUUCUCUCUGUCACAAACUACAAUAAAGUUAAGAGGUGACAGCAUUCAUUUAGAUUAAAAAAGAUUUGUUUUCUUUAUUCUUUCUUUGAUCUUACUCUAAAUAGACCAGAACAUUCAUUUAUAUUAUUUUAUAGCAUAUAUUCAAAUACGCUGAUUACAUACUACAUUAUAGUCACCUCUUUGUCAGCAUAUUUUUAACAGGGUUUAACAAUUUUGCAUAUAAUAGAAUAAUAAUAAUUCAAUAAUAGAACUUAGGACAAUGUUGCUUGCUUUUACAUCCUAUUUUAAAAGAAAAGUGUGGACUACAUCUCUGCUUAAAAUAAUACACUCUUUUUCAGAA